UGGCCGAGUGCCGUAUUCUCCAUUCCACCGCUCCAAUUCUAUUUUCCUGCGGACCGGAUAACGAUCCCCUGCCGUCUUCAUCACCUUGCUCUCGCUCUCACAAUUCCUCUAUUUCUCUGUCUCCAUUCGCGCUGCUCUCUCUCUCCCGCUCCCUCUUUUAUUUUCUGCCUGCGGCUGCUCGUGCUUUGUUUUGGCAGUCACUGUCUACCUCUUGCAUUUCUCAUUUCCCGUCCCGUAUCGCGUGUGGAUCCUUGGAGUGCACCACAAUCUUCUUACCUGCAUUUAAAGGCAGCAUUGAGAGGCGAUGGCGAGCAACUUCAUGAGUGUGCAGGAGCGUAGGAUCGCGACUCUUUCAGGUCAUUUCCGUGGCGCAGCAGCUGUGGAAGAGGAAUUGUUGCAGAGGUUUCCCACGAUGGCCAUGGCUCCCUCUGUGUUUGAGCACGUUCAGCAAGCACCCGAGGAUCCCAUUUUGGGGGUAACAGUGGCUUACAACAAGGAUCCAAGUCCAUUGAAGGUGAACCUUGGAGUCGGAGCCUACCGAACAGAGGAAGGCAAACCACUUGUUCUCAAUGUGGUACGGCGAGCAGAACAACAGUUGGUUGCAGAUAGAUCGAGGAACAAGGAGUACCAGCCCAUUACAGGAAUUUCUCAGUUCAACAAACUUAGCGCAAAGCUUAUUCUGGGCGCUAAUAGUCCAGCAAUUGCAGAGAACCGUGUUGCCACCGUGCAAGCCUUAUCCGGGACUGGUGCCUUGAGGGUUGGCGCAGAGUUCAUAUCGAGGCAUUAUGCCAAGCCAAUUAUAUUCUUGCCUAAUCCAACGUGGGGAAAUCACAACAAGAUUUUCCCGUUGGGAGGAGUGCCUCAGAAGCCAUACAGAUAUUAUGACCCUAAGACGCGCGGAUUGGACUACGAAGGUAUGUUGGAGGACUUGAAGGCAGCCCCUGAUGGCGCAGUCAUUUUGCUCCAUGCGUGUGCACACAAUCCCACUGGUGUUGACCCGACUGAAGAGCAGUGGGAAGGGAUUCGACAGGUUAUUAGAAGCAAGCAUCAGCUUCCCUUUUUUGACUGUGCAUACCAGGGAUUCGCUAGUGGAAGUCUGGACAAAGACGCCCAUGCUGUUCGCUUAUUUGUAGCUGAUGGUGGGGAAUGUUUUGUUGCACAAAGUUAUGCUAAGAACAUGGGACUUUAUGGAGAGCGAGUCGGUGCAUUAAGCGUCGUGUGUACGAAUGCUGCUGUGGCAAGUCGGGUAGACAGUCAGUUAAAACUGGUCAUCCGCCCCAUGUACUCUAGCCCCCCGGCUCAUGGUGCAGCCAUUGCAGCGACGAUUCUAGCUGACGGGCGUCUUUUCCAGGAAUGGACGGUAGAGUUGAAGGGUAUGGCAGAUCGGAUUAUUAGCAUGCGUCAACAGCUCUAUGACGCUCUGCAAGCUCGAGGCACACCUGGCGAUUGGACUCACGUUCUGAAGCAGAUUGGAAUGUUCACUUUCACGGGAUUGAACAAGUCUCAAGUCGAGUUCAUGACCCGUCAAUAUCACAUCUACAUGACCUCAGAUGGGCGUAUAAGUAUGGCUGGAUUAAGCAGCAAAACUGUUCCACAUUUGGCGGACGCAAUUCAUGCAGCUGUGGUUGGAGCUCAGCGCAAGAGUUAGGUGUUGGACUUAAAUUGUCAUCGACCUGGUCAGCUGCUAGUGUUUUAGACUAAUAAUUUUAAUAGCUCAUUUGUAGGAGCUAUGGCUAUGAUGGUUGGCACCAGGUACACGUGAGCGUGUGUAUAGUGAGCUAGGGAGAUAAUUUUUAUUAGUGGGUUCAGCAGCAAUUUGGAUCUCUUCUCGACUUCGAGAACGAGUUUUCGUCAUGAAUUUAAAUAAGAGCUAUAAAGCUUCAGAAACUGAAGUCCUUUCAUGUUUCGCAUCCUUACUCUUAGUUUUUAUGCUAAUAUUUGUUGCAGGAUUCGUAGAGUAGUUACAGGCAAUUCCUGUCAUGGAACAUUAAUUUACUCCAUAACAUGGAACUUGAAAUUUAUGUUGGGACUCCUUUUAGAGUUCAGCGUAAAUGAAACAAAAUUUUAACUGCCUUGCCAAAAA